GACUACCAGUUACUAUUAUCACAAUUAAAAUUAACCAUUUUUUUACAACAGUAACAGGCGACUUUACCCUACAAGUUCAUCUACCGACUUGUGUAAUUAAUGACCAACAUAAAAGCAUGUAGCAAUGUUUAUGUCUAGAAAAUAUUCACUAUUUAGCCCUCAAAGCUGUUCCGAGGCUACUCCACAUAUGGCAAGUACGUACAAUAGCAAAGGUAAUAUAUAGGUAAAGUAUUCAUCCUAUAUCUUAGAUAGGCGUGAGCUCUAAAGGGAAAAGGUUCGACAUGGAUCUGUUGAAGUUAAUUUUAAUAUUGAUAGUAAUAUGUGUGGACUGUGCGUUUGGGAGACGGUUGAACAGGAAUGGGACUGAAGAUGGAGAUAGUAGUGAAUUACCCAAGUCAGUAUGCCACUACUCGGACCCGAACGUAGCCGACUGCAUCCAGCGGAUCGCGGAGCAGGCUCGCCAGCUCCUCGCUCAAGGAGUGCCGUCCCUCAACAUCCAGCCUCUGGAACCCCUCAAGAUCCCCAGCAUCAGGCUGCGGCAGCACAACAUGCCGAAGAACCACUUCAAAUAUGACGCCUGGUUGACAGAUGUCACUCUCGAAGGACUCACGAAUUACACGUUUAAUAAGUUGGACGUGUACCCUGAAGAGUUGAAGGUGACAGCAAACAUCAGCAUCCCUCACCUAGUGAUGUCGGGCGACUACGUCGUGCUCGGCGAGUUUCAAAUGCUGCCCGUCGAGUCCACCGGCAAGAUGGCUGCUAACUUCACGUUAUGCACGGCGGCGCUAGAAGCACUAGGGGCUAGAGUGCACAAGCGCAUGGUGAUCCGAGACGCAUCUGUACACUUGCAGUGCACCGGCCCUCUCAAGGCCAGUCUGAUGGAGGCACACUCAACUACGGGGGAAAUGGAAAUGAUAACAGACCACAUCUCUCAGAUGCACUCUACGGAGAUCGCGAAGGAGGUCCAGCCGGCAGUGGAGACAGCCCUCGGGAUGGUGCUCGAAGACAUCUCCAAUAAGUUCCUCAAGCACAUCCGACCUGAUAUGGUAUUUCCGAACUAA